UUCAAAUCGUCCAAGAUGUUCGGGUACUUCGCCACAGGAAAUUAUAAUGAGAACGUGCCUCAGACAGUGUGGCGGAUAAACCUGGACACUCCAGAGGAGGCUAAUCAGAAUCUUUCCUUUGGUGGUGCUGAUCGAUGGUGGGAACAGACAGAUCUGACCAAACUGAUCUUGUCAAACAAUAAGCUGCAGACCCUUUCAGAUGACAUCAGGCUUCUUCCUGCACUGACGGUGCUUGAUGUUCAUGAUAAUGAACUGGCAUCUCUUCCUUGUGCAGUAGGAGAGUUGGAAAAUCUUCAAAGGCUUAAUAUCAGUCACAACAAACUGAAAAUUCUUCCUGAAGAAAUAAAAAACUUAAGAAACUUGAAGAGCCUUUUUCUCCAGAAUAAUGAAUUAACCAGCAUACCUGAAGGAUUUGGACAGCUUCUCAAUUUAGAGGAAUUAGAUAUUUCCAACAAUCACCUUUCAUCUGUUCCAGCUAGUUUUUCCUCUCUGACCAGCCUGGUGCGUCUCAAUCUAGCCCGCAACCAACUGAAGAGCUUGCCCACAGAAAUCAGCAGAAUGAAAAGAUUAAAGCAAUUGGACUGUACUAGCAACCUCUUGGAAACUGUCCCUUCUGAACUGGCUAGCAUGGAGUCUUUAGAGCUACUUUAUUUAAGAAGGAACAAACUGCGUUCUUUACCAGAAUUUCCUUCUUGCAGAUUACUGAAGGAACUGCACGUUGGUGAGAAUCAAAUUGAGGUAAUAGGGGCAGAACACCUUAAGCACCUGAGCUCCAUCAAUGUCCUUGAUCUGAGAGAUAACAAGUUAAAAUCUAUUCCCGAUGAAAUUACACUGCUUCAGGCCUUGGAAAGGCUGGACCUGACAAACAAUGACAUCAGCAGUCUGCCCUAUGCAUUGGGAAACCUACCUCAUUUGAAAUUCCUAGCAUUAGAAGGGAAUCCUAUGAGAACUAUUCGGAGAGACCUUCUAACCAAAGGAACCCAAGAACUUCUGAAGUAUCUUCGAAGCAAAAUAAAAGAUGAUGCCGCACACCAAAAUGAAACAACCACUACUGGGACGGCCAUGACCCUUCCAAGUGAAUCUAGGGUCAACGUGCAUGCCAUAGUCACAUUAAAAAUACUGGAAUACAGUGAGAAACAGGCAACUGCGAUUCCUGACGAAGUAUUUGAUGCUGUAGGAAGGAACGUUAUUACCUCCAUAAACUUCAGUAAGAAUCAGCUAAACGGAAUUCCUAAAAGGGUGGUGGAAUUGAAGGAAACAGUGACUGAUGUCAAUCUCAGCUUUAACAAACUCUCCUUGAUUUCCUUGGAAAUAUGUGUGCUUCAGAAAUUGACACAUUUAGAUAUCAGAAAUAAUCUCUUGACUGCAUUGCCUGAGGAGAUGUCAGCUCUGAUGAGACUGCAAACCAUCAACCUCUCCUUUAAUAGGUUUAAAACCUUCCCUGACGUCCUGUACUGUAUCCCAACGCUGGAGACCGUCCUCUUCAGUAACAAUCAGGUUGGCUCUGUGGAUGCCCUGCGAUUGAAGAAGAUGGAGAAGCUGGCCACUUUGGACCUUCAGAACAAUGACCUCCUUCAAGUCCCACUGGAGCUGGGGAACUGUGUGUCUCUGAGGACCUUACUCUUGGAGGGAAAUCCAUUCCGAAUUCCUCGAGCUGCCAUUUUAGCAAAGGGAACAGCCGCUGUCCUUGAAUACCUAAGGGAUCGGAUUCCUCCUUGAGUGGAUUAGUUGGUAAUCCUGGUCAAGUUUACAGAGUCGGAUAGUUAGAAAUUGGGAUGUUUUGAGAAACUUCUCGAAGCGGAUUGCUCAAUCUGAUUUGACUAUGUUCCUAAGCCCCUAAUUGAUUGUUGUUGAUGUAACGGGUUUGGGUCAUGAAACGAGUAAUCUUGCUGCCACUCUGAACUUGUACGUUGAAUACCCUGCCUGUUGGGAAUUCUCUGAAAUGUUCCCCUUUCAUUAUUCACAACUGUUUUGCAAAUAGCCAUAUCUUAUAUGUUUAUAAUGCAUUUUCCCCAGAGGUAUUUAUAGGGUUUUCUUUUCAUUGACUUUAGUAACAUUGCUUUUCUAUUGAAACUCGAUUUUUAUUUAAGGUAACUUUUGGUAUUUUUCUUAUUGCAUUUUUGUUUUUAUCAUGUCUAAAAAUCUGACCAAUUGCUAUCUGAUAAACAACCAGUUUGGGAUCUUUACAUAUGAACGACAUAUUUUUUUUUUGUAAGCCUUUCUAAAAAGAUAAAAGCAAUGAAGCAAAUGAUGAUAUUCAUUUCCACUAAGAUUUUUUACUAUGGCAUCCCAAAAACAGAUUUGUUUUAGCACGUUGUUUUGAGUGUUAUGUGAAAAGGGAUUUUUCAAAAUUCCAUUUGUAGCAUAGUUGACCUGCUACUGAAUAAAAUUUUGGGAAUUGGAA